CAAAACACAUAUACUGUAUGUGCACUGCUUCGAGUGCUCAGCCAUGCAGGUGAAAAAACAGCUCUCUCUAAGGACAGGCACAUUCCUCAUCCUCUUUCUCUUCACCUCAGACAAAGCCAACUCAGAGUUCAUCAUAAAAAGUGUAAAUCUCAUUAUCCAGCCGAGGAAUGAAGUUCAAAGAGGUACAAAUGUGUCACUGAUAUGCCAGGCAGAAGUCAGCCAAAGCCCAGGGUCUAAUCCCAACUAUGAAUACAUAUUCUACAAAGAUUAUGAAAUGUUACUUACAGAAAAGACCACUGCUACACACUGGCUCUACUCUAUACCAGAUGCCAGAGUUUUCCACUCUGGAAAAUAUGAAUGUGCUGUUGUCAUUGGGUAUCAAAACAAGAAGAGCCGUUCCACAGACUUGACUGUUAAAGGUCUUCUGACACCUUUUCUAUCAGUGGAUCAACAGAGAUUGAAAGAAGGAGAUAAUGUUACUGCUGUCUGUACAGCAGAGGGAGAAAUGGGUUCUUUGAUGUUUUCGUUUAGAGAUGGACCAGAUGAACUCUACAGGAAGCCAACCAAUACUCAGCAAGUUGAGCACAAGCUGGCCUUUGAGCACAAGAGGAUGAGAACUGUGAAAAUGUUUUGCUACUAUUCAAUUAGUUUGGGUAGCAAAAUAGAAAUAUCUAACAACAGCAAUGUGAUUGACAUUGACAUUCAAGAGCUGGGUAUCAAGCCUGAGAUCAAUGUCAUGCCAUCAACAAAUGUAAUUGAAGGAGACCUCCUAACCUUCAGCUGCAAUGUGGAUAUGAAUCAUCAAAAAAAUUCAGAACUUAGAAUCAGUCUUGUCCAUGGACAUACCACACUCGGUUUGAAUAUGGGACAAAAAGCUCACACUAUGUCUGCUAAAGCUAAUGACUCUGGGCAAUAUGAGUGCAUUGCAAGCCUUGGUGCCAUUCAUAAAUCCUCCUUUGUGAACAUCACUGUAAAUGAGCUAUUCUCUGUGCCUGUCUUGAGCAUUCAACCACCUGAGGUAUUUGAAGGAGAACACUUCAACAUCACCUGUCAAACUGACAUAUUUGCUUCUGUGAGAAUUCAGAGGGAGGAUAUAAAGUACUUCAUAUACAAAGAAAAAAACGUUGUAGUAAGCAAUUACAGAUAUAGUAAUACUGCAAGAAAUGUGACAAAUGGAAAAUACAUGUGUGUGGCAAAAGCCAAUGGCAUAAUCAAAGAGAGCUCAAGUGUUCUAUUUAGAGCAAAAGUACUUGUUUCACAGCCUGAGAUCACAGUGGAUGCUCCUGUUAUAUUGGAUAAACAUUUUUGGAUUCAUUGCCACUCUCAGAAUGGUAGUCUGCCAAUUACCUACACACUGAAGAGAAACAACAUUACCGUGAACAGGACAGAGGUGUCCAACCCUCAUGAGAAGGCUUGCUUUAUAGCCAUGAUAUCAGCUCCCUCAGACAUCAGCAGUUACUUUUGUGAAGCAGAGAAUAAUGGCAAAAUCUCAGUGAAGAUGAGUCAAAGGCUAAAUAAGACUGUAAUAGUUCCAGUAGGGAAGCCUUUACUUACAGUCAUUCCAAUACCUGGAAAUAUUGAAGAAGUGAGCAGACAGAACAGUGGGAAUUACUAUUGCGAGGCAUUUAACCUGGCUGAUAAAUUAAGCAAGAGUGACAUCAUCUCAAUUGAAGUGAGCCUGGCAAAGUGGAAAAAGUCUUUGACUGCUGCAUUCUGCAUGCUGAUAUUGGCACUGCUGGUCAUUUUCAUUGUGUGGUGCUACAAAACCAAGCGAGUAGGAGUUAAUAAUAAAGAAAGUGUUUGGAGUGAAAAACCUCCAGAUAUUCCUGAUGAGGGCAAUCUUCAGUCGCCAAAUGAAGGUGAUGUAGAGUACACAGAAGUGGUUCAUUCUCAAUCUGUAGAUCCUACACGAAUUCCUCUCAGAAAAGGCACCGAUACUGUGUACAGUGAGCUACAGACCCAAGGAUCUCCUGAUCACAACAAUCAUCAAGGCCUGUUGGAAUAUGCUGAACUCAACUAUGAUCUUCCUGCACCAGUGGACUAGCAGCAGUCAGACAUUUCUCUUUGGAAUUUUGCCAUUGCCUUAUCAAUCUCUUCCAUCCUCCACACACAUUCUUUGUCUAAAACACUCAUUAGUCAUGUUUUUAAUUUUGUUCAAUUUGUUUCACUGUUUGUCCUCUUUAAUUUAGUGCUACU